CAUCGCGUAUCCCAGGAGCAACUUUUCUGGACUCCCAAAACUUUUGCAGAGAGAAAAAAAAAAUCGAAGAGAAAAUCACAGAGGUUCAACCAGGACGUGGACCUCUAAAUCAUGGAGCUGAUUGUAUUCCUGAAUGCUAUUAUCACAAGACUACUUUUUAUUCUUCAUUCUAUAGUGGGAGUUUGGAGAGUUACAGUGAUUAAAAAUGACAGGACUUAUUGGCUGCUGGCGCUUCUGAAUUUGUGCAUGGGUAUUGAGAUGGUGCUGACAUUUAAAUUUAAGAAAGGCAGAGGUUUGAAAUGGUUUUCACCUGCAAUCUUCUGUUACUUGAUUUCCAUAGCACCGUCUCUCUGGCUUCUUGAACUAAAUCACUCAGAGUUGUGCCGUGCAAAUAAUUAUACAGAAAGCCCAUUGGGUAAUAUAAACAGUUCUUAUCUCAUAGCUGACACAGUUGUGAUUCCUCUGGAAUUCGUUAAACCGGUAGAAGAUAUAGUUAAGACAUUGACCAGCAUUUGCCAAAAAACUUGGACACUAGGACUCCACCAAACAUUUCUAUUGCUUUUAGUUAUUGGGAAAUGGCUUCUUCCAAUUGGAGGGGGAAUCACUCGUGAUCAACUUUCCCAACUUCUUCUUAUGUUUGUGGGCACUGCAGCCGACAUCCUUGAAUUUACUAGUGAGACUCUGGAGCAUGUAAGAACCAACAUGAUUCUAGUUUAUUCAAUUCUUGCAGUAUGGACAUGGAGUAUGCUACAAUUUCCUCUUGACCUUGCAGUGCAAAAUGUUGGAUGCCUGCCAACUACUACAUCAUCAUCCAAAAAGCCGUUCUGCUUAUUGUUGUACAGAUACAGUGCAGACAUUUGGAAUAUAGGGCAAAGCCUUUUGAUUCAAGAUGGUCCAUUUUUUAUUUGCAGGAUGGUUCUCAUGGUCCAUUUUAAAGUCAUUAACCAGAUGCUGGUGUUUUUCACCGCAAAAAAUAUUUUGGUGGUGAUGUUACAGCUUUACCGUUUAGUAGUGCUAUUGAUUGACUUCUACGGUUCAGUGGAGGAUCAAGAAAGUAAGAAGAACGGAGCAGAAUGCUGCUGUCCACAAGAUUCCAUGUUAGAAGAUACUCAUAGAUACCUAGACGAAACAGUUGUAGAUCUCGAAAGUGAAGCAAAGAGUUCAGAAAGCACAGGUUCUGUUACUCUGCUUCAAGACAUAAAAUCAGACUCGGAACGCCUGUAGACAUUGAAUUCUAUUAUUGUAUUUGGUGCUAUUUCUAAGUCAACCAAACUGUUAAUAAGGUAGUAGAGUAUGUUCCAAAACAUUGCAGUUUUUUCACAAAAAUAUUUAUAUUAAUUGCAAAGGGAUAUUAUACCUCGUUAUAAACAUUACUAUAAUGUGAUCAGAAAGACUUCGAUACUGAAUACGGAGGCAAUUGGUGGGCAAAGAAACUAUUCUUGUUAUAUCUCUUGUAGACAAAAGUCUUGUCUGAGUUUUCGAAACCUUGGCUAUUUUCAAACCUACAUACUACCAUUUGUCAUUUCACACAAAAUCAUGGACAGAACAUGUGGAAUAUCAAAAGAAGAAUUAUAUUUUGAGAGCAUAGCUUGAAACAACUCCACCGGAAGAGAAGAUGGAACAAAAAUCUUGCUGUAAUUAAAUUACUGUACCUCAUUAAGGGCAGUGGACUUUCCAAGUGAAGUAAUACUCUUGUUUGUAUUAUUUGUAAGAUAUUCUUGUUACUAUUAGCACCGCGGUAAAAGUGAGACUUAAAGAACCAUGUUAUCUUAAAUAUGGUAUUUGAUGUAAUUAAGCAAACUGUCAAUUAAGAAAAUGAAGGGUAAGACAAUGGGAGAUGGUAUGAAAUAAGAAAAAAAUCAGUAUAUAGUGAAAUAGUGUUAUAAAAAUAAUAUUCGUGGUGAAAUGUCAUUCAAAACUAAAACAAGUAUACCUUAAUCCACCUAGAUUCACUUGUGCAGCUUUGAAUUCCGAUAACAAAAUUAAUAGACAUGAUUUCCAUCAAUGAAUCACAAGCAAUAACAGACAGAACAUCAGCGUCACAUUUCCCCAUUUCCAACCGGUUCUUGUAACUAACAGAGAGCAUUCUGUUCAAAUAAGAGACAUCAGUGCAGCAAAAUGCCAAAGCGAGGACAUUUUA